CGCAAGGUUAACAUCUGUUGGACAAUUUGAGGUUAUUGAUUUGUUAUUGUUUGAGUUUGAAAAUUAGUGGUCUCCUUUUAAUUUAUCUGUAUAACUUUAAAACUUAAUUCUACUCAGUCACAAGAUGUCGAAAAGGUUGUGUCCGUUCACCGACGAACCAUAUCAAGCAAUUAAAAAACAAGAAACCCUCAACAACUCCAAGGGAAGGCACAUUUUAUCGACACCUUCAGAAAGAGCUCUACAACUUUUAUAUUUGGGAGCAACGAAACAAUUUAAACCGAAGCCUGAACAAGGGCCUGUGGAUCAAGCAAAAUGUAGUCAAUGCAUGGAAAUAGGAAAUAACAUCAAAUGUUCGUACUGUGAUAAAACAUUAUGUUGCAAUUGUGCUGAAUUGUGCAGGGAAUGCCAUCAGGAAUAUUGUAAGAAUUGUUCUUAUAAUAUCGAUGCCGAGUCUUGUAUUUGUUAUACUUGUUAUUAGAACUGGUUUAUUUUUAAUUAAUUUUAAAUACUUUAUAUUCUGAAGCAUUUUGAAACAAAAAUGUGCUCCUGGAACUCUAUUUAUACACACAGAAUAGGAAUAAACUAGGAAGCUUUACGCCAAAAGAUA